AUGUAUAAAUGGUUGCCGGCCGAUAUUCAACCGAAUCUACCGCCCGCCUGUCACACAAACCUUGGAGUGGGGGCUCUUGUGCUCAAUGAUAAAGAUCAGCUCCUGGCUGUCUCUGAAAAGAAUUAUAAUUACCCCCAUUGGAAAUUACCUGGUGGAUAUGUUGAAAGAGGUGAGGACAUAACAAAUGCAGCCAAACGAGAAGUUUUCGAAGAGACCGGUGUGAAAUCAGAGUUUGAAUCUUUGAUAACAUUUAGACACACUCACAACAUGAUGUACGGAAACUCAGAUAUAUACAUGCUGUUGAUGAUGAAGGCACUUUCACGGGACAUUGUAUUAUCACAAAGAGAAGUUAACGCUUGCAAGUGGAUGGACGUAGCGGAGUAUACCACACACCCUCACGUACACGAUCUUAAUAAAUAUAUUGUUAAAGAAGCUUUGAGAUAUAAGAAGGAGAAUGUUGCAUUGGACAUCCAUAAGAAAACAAUGGUAUCACCGCUUGGAGUACGCGAAAUUAAUCUAAUGUUAUUAAAAAAUGGUAGAGGGAAAUAA